AUGACUGUCCGUGACAACGCGGAUGCAAAAAUUAUUGACGUGAAUGAAGACCUCGGAAGUUAUGCUGCCGCCGAUUUGCGAAAAACAAUCGAUGAGCUAAUUAACGGAGCAUCACAGAAAAUCAUCGUGAAUUUAAGCGAGGUCCAACAUAUUAACAGUACGGCGAUCGGUGCGAUGGUUGGUUCUGCAAAGCGACUCCGCGCGAGUGGUGGAGACCUCAAGGUUUACGGUCUAGCGGAGAAUCUUAAACGGACAUUUGAUCUGGUGGGAGCUUCUAGCGUUCUCGAAAUCUAUGAUUCAGAGAGCAGUGCACUCGCUGCAUUCUAG